AAUUGCCAACGGCAGAUUAUUCGCUCUACUCCGUCGUCACGGAAAGCUUGUCUCCGCAUAUCCUGCAGGAACUCGGCACCUACCGUAAGUUACUAGACGGGCGAUAUAAGAAGAUCUUAGUCACCUGGGAAGACGGAGUACUGCGCUGAGAAGUCCGCUUUCCACCUCUGAGUCAUAGCUCAUUGAAGCUGCUGGCUAUCUAUGACUUUAAAACGACAACAUCUCUUCUCAUUUCACGCCUUACGAUCUCAAAGGAACCGUGACUCAGAAGAUGGCAGAACCAAAGACCAUCAUUUACAAGAAGGUUGGAUCUCUUGAAAUCCCCUUUGAUCUCUAUCUUCCAAAGAAUGCAAAGAAAGCGCCAAUCCUGCUAUGGUUCCACGGCGGUGGUUUGCUACUAGGAGGUCGUGAUCACCUCGCUCCACACGUGCGCAACGGAGUAAACACUCACGGCUUCGCCUGCAUCUCUGCCGACUACCGUCUUGCGCCACAGGUCAGCGUGUCCGAGAUUUUUGACGACGUCAAAGACUGCAUCGAGUUCAUCCGCAAUGAACUUCCGUCACACGUCCCCGAAGGCGCCCUGGACGUAUCUCGUCUAGCAGUCUCCGGCAGCUCAGCAGGAGGCUUUCUCACGCUCCUUGCAGGCUUGUACAUCGAGCCCAAGCCGCAGGUCAUACUACCCAUAUACCCCAUCACAGAUCCUCUGGGCGUCUUCUUCAUCAACUCUCAACCAGCCCCACCAGGACGGUAUACCGCUUCGACUGAAGAAAUGGCGGCAUACCUCGACACCAAGGCUCAGCCGAUCUCUUACACCGGUACAGCUGACGUGGACCCUCGAGCACAUAUGUAUGUGUACAUGCUGAAAGCAGCAAACUUGGCCGAGCUAUGGCAUGUGCCCGACAUGAAAAGUGCGUUGCCGUACCGAAUCUCGCGGAACAUCCAGAAACACGGUCUGCCGCCUGCAUAUGUCUUGCAUGGAGACGCGGAUACAGCGGUCGGUGUAGAGCAAUCCGACGAAGUCGUUGGCGCCAUGUUGGGCAAUGGAUUGACCGUCGAGUACGAACGACCUCACGGCAAGGACCAUUUUCUGGACAAGGCGGAUGAUUACCAGAAUGAAGCGUUUUAUGCUUUCUUGAACAAACAUCUUUGAUGUGGGAACAGAUAUACUUAUAGUACAUAACUCGUAACUCAUGAGAUCACCGGACCUGCCAGUUUCUGUUGCUG